AGGACAAUGUCUGGGAAAUUAAAUCAGCAAAUCUCGUCAGCAUAGCUCAGCAAAGCAUGCAAGCGUGUAUACACAUAUAUAUUCAUGCUGUGUGGUUUUAACACAGUUUCCAUGGCUGUACAUAAGUUGGGAUUAUUGUGAUUACCUAGUACUGGCAGUGUUGACAUAUAACUGAUGUAUCAUUGUUGGUACUUUCACAGCUGUUCCUGUAAUAAUUGAUAUUUCAUUUCACACAUCUGUGAAAUGUUACAGAGGAGAUUUUAGGCUGUUAGCUGUGUCCAUUUACACUGAAAACUCUGUCCAUUUAUGGAUAUAAACAUUUUCUUGGAAUUUUAGCGUGAUAGAUUUUUUGUAGAUUUGAUGUUGAGAAAGAUGAACAUGGUAUGUAAUGGAAAGUUGUGAUCAAUGAAAAUACUGUGUCCGUAUCUGAUGUAAACAACAUUUUCCGUCUACAAUCCUGGUGACUGGGUGUCCUCUCCAUGUGUAAUAUACAUCAAAAAUAUUGAUAAAAGAAGGAGUUGUUUGAUUUGACAACUGAACUGUUGCUGUUGGUGUAAGACCAGCUCCAUUGCAUACAUAUGUGUUAUGUGUAUUGACUGCAUGGAUCAGUGACAGUGUUAAGCUGCAGCAACAUCGAACUCUGGGAGAGGUUAAAGCUUAUGUUGCUUUUAUAAGUCAAUUAGUUGAGCAUUUAAGUCCAUCACAUUGUAACAAUUAUAGAGGGAUUUAUUGGAGAAUGAUCACUGUAGGAGUCCUUCCCUACCUUGGACGCCCUGGAUUGUAAAUGUAUCAGCUGUAUACCCAAGUGUCAGAGUUCGGGAUAUUGUCUUGAAUUCAUAGUGCUUUGGAUAUAUAUUUUCAAAUUUCUUCAAAACAUUUCUGUGUGUGUAGUAAGAUUUUACAAUGGGAAAUAAACUGCGAAAGUUUAGUCUGUCUGGAGGAGAAAAGGACGGUGAGCUUCAGGACCAGACAGGAACAUACAGUGUGGUGCAACAGACAGGAAACACACAAAGUACACAAAGUGUUCAGCCUCCACAAACAAAUACAAAUGUAGUGAAAACAACAUCAGCCACCAAACAGGAUGUGGAUAGGGAUGGUGAUGAUACUGGCUCUAGGUCAUUAGAUAGGUCUCUGGGGCAGGGAACUGGGAAGGUGGAAAAGGCAUCGGAGGAGGACGAUAUUAGCAGAAAACCUUUAGAAAGUAAAGAAAAGGUAACACCUGCCACAAAUGAAUCCGAAGAAGUUAUUGUUACUGAAGAUGUUUGUCAACAGAAAGAAGUUGGAAUAUCUGUCGAAAACGACACCUCAUUAGAAACUGGCCAAAAGACUUCUGCUCAAAGUACUGAAGCUAUAGGAGUUGAAGAGGAACAGAAAACCAAAAGUAAGUCAGCGACGCCCCCAAGUGAUGAGAGAGACGAAGAGAUAUCGCCAAACCUUAUGAUGACAAAACGAUCAAGAAGAGGUGCUUUCAGUGCCGAAGUUUACAAGGAAGAAGACGCUGCUCAAUAUGUCAAAAAGGUGGUACCAAAAGACUAUAAGACCAUGGCAGCAUUAUCAAAGGCAAUUGCUAGGAACGUACUCUUUUCACAUCUAGAUGAUAAUGAACGAAGUGAUAUUUUUGAUGCCAUGUUUCCAGUCCACCGUCAUUCUGGGGAAAUUAUUAUUCAACAAGGUGAUGAUGGUGAUAACUUCUAUGUGAUUGACCAGGGAGAAGUUGAUAUUUUUGUUAACAAUGAACAUGUGACAACAAUAGGAGAAGGAGGAAGUUUCGGGGAGUUGGCACUGAUAUAUGGAACUCCCAGAGCAGCCACAGUGAAGGCAAAGGGAGAUGUGAAACUUUGGGGCAUUGACCGAGACAGUUAUAGGAGGAUUCUUAUGGGAAGCACAAUAAGGAAAAGAAAGAUGUAUGAUGAAUUUCUUAGCAAAGUCUCUAUUUUAGAAAACCUAGACAAAUGGGAGCGCCUGACAGUGGCAGAUUCUUUGGAGCCUGUGGAGUUCGAGGAUGGUCAGGAAAUAGUUCGACAGGGAGAACCUGGUGAAGACUUUUUCAUCAUCACAGAGGGUCAAGCCGCUGUACUGCAGCGGAGAGCAGAGAAUGAGGAGGCAGUAGAAGUUGGUAGACUGGCCCAGUCAGACUAUUUCGGUGAAAUCGCUUUGCUGCUGGACCGCCCUCGUGCUGCCACAGUGGUGGCGCGAGGUAAGCUUAAGUGUGUCAAGCUUGACCGUACACGAUUUGAGCGUGUGCUUGGACCAUGUUCAGACCUCCUCAAGCGAAAUGUGUCCCAAUACAAUAGUUUUGUGUCGUUGUCAGUGUGAACUAGCCAUAUUUUUGUGUAUUCUGUAAUCAACAAAAACAAAACUUUAAAACACCAGAUUGGACAGUUACCCCAUCAUAAGCUGAUGAGCAGGAACCUGAUAGCUGUCGGGUUACAACGCUUCAGUGUCAUCAACUGUCAGGACCUCAGAAAAACCACUGAUUUAUUGUUGGAAUUAAUUUCAAAUUUGAUAACAAUGACAAAAAAUAUUUUCAUAACAGUUUGAUUAAAUAAAUGAUUUUAAUGAAUCAUUUGAUAGAAAUGUUGUGGUACUGGUAGAAAAUGGGUUAUGUCCCUUGUGUUAUUACAGUUGCUGCCUGAUACUUGUGUUUAUGAUAUAGAUAUUAUGAUGCGAUAUAAAUACUGCUCAUAAUUGACAUGUUGAUUAACUUAGUGGUAGCUUGUAUGGGCAUAUUCCCAGUAAAUUCUUUUUUCUUUCGUGAGGGUGGAUCUGGAUUCAUAAGGGUGGAUCUGGGGGUUAUAACAAACACACUCUUGCCACUGCUGAUCUCAAGCAUUUAUUGACACAUAAUACAAUAUCAUUAGUGUUGUAAAACAACUGUCAGGUAUGUAGAAACAUCUAUAACAGUACUAUAUAUAUAUUAGAUGGAGGUUGACUGUCAAACCCUGGUGACCCAGUAGUACAGUCUACCAAGAGUUGGGAAGUCUGGGCUAAAUAUCUGUCUGGCCCUUACAAUUUGUCCUUCCCUGCUAUACAUACAGUAAGAUGUACAUAUAAUAUGUAUACUUAGAAAAAAAAUCACAA